UGGCAGAAGGAGAUGAUGAUCAUGAUGAUGAUGAUGAUGCUCAUGAUGAAGAUGAUCACUGUCCAGCAGUUAGAGCUGUAAUCGAUGCGUGGGUGGUGCGCAUGCGCAGUUGCAGGUCUUCAGCAUCAUCAUCUACCCAGAAACGGAUGAGAAUGAAAGUGCAGUAGUUUUUAUUGGUGAGGCAGAACUUCAGCUCAGGGUUUGUCCAGGAAGAGAGAAGACUAGGCCUUAACACGCAGCACGAAGCGCUCAAACCGUCACAUCUGGGCAGAAACAGUCCUGAAAAUCCAUCAGUGUGGAGUUUAUACAGUAAAGUAUGAUGAUGAUGAUGAUGAUGAUGAAGAUGAUGGUUGUGGUGUGUGUGUUUGUCACACUCGGUGGUCUCGCGCCCGCUUUCGGAGGUGAGCACUCUCUGUAUUACACCUACACGGCUCUCUCUAAACCUCUCAAUCUCCCCGGCAUCUAUGAGUUCAUCGCAGUGGGCAUGCUCAAUGACCGAGAACUCGACUACUACAGCAGCAAGACUCAGGCUAAGGUUCCUAAACAGACCUGGAUGAAAGAGAAGAUCCCACAGGAUUACUGGGAUAAAGGCACUCAGUCCCGCAAGAGCAAAGAGCAGUGGUUUAAGGUCAACGUGGACAUCCUGAUGGAACGCAUGAGACACAAUAAGUCUGACCUUCAUGUUCUUCAGUGGAGACAUGGCUGUGUGGUUAAUGAAGGUACAGAUGGGAAUAUUAAAUUUGUGAGAGGAGUUGAUGAGUACAGCUACGAUGGGUCUGAGUUCCUCUCCUUCGAUGAGGUAAACUCGAGGUGGAUUGCUCCUGUCGCAGCUGCUGAGCCGACCAAAAGGAAAUGGGAUGAUGUGCCCAUCCUUAACCAGUACACCAAGGGCUAUCUGGAGAAAGAGUGUGUGGACUGGCUCAACAAGUUCAUGGAUUAUGGAAAAAAAGAGCUGAGAAAACAUUCUCCACCAGAUGUACAUCUGCUUGCCAAGAAAUCAGUAAGUGACCCUGGCAAGUUGACCCUGACCUGCCUGGCCACAGGUUUCUACCCUCCAGAUGUACAGAUGCAUUUGAGGAAGCUCAGAACUUCUCUACCUGAACAUCUGGUAACAUCUUCAGGAGUCAGACCCAAUGGUGAUGGCACCUACCAGCUGAAGAAGAGUGUGAACAUUGUGGAGGAUGACAAAGCACUUUACGAUUGUUAUGUGACCCACAGCAGUCUUGAAAAGCCUAUAAUCGUAGGUGGGGAACAAUGCAAAGAAUGUGACACAGGUCCGAGUACUAUCAUCGGAGCAGUGAUUGGAGCUGUGCUUACGCUGGCUGUGGUUGCAGGAGUCAUCUUUUUCCUUAAAAAGACAGCAUGAAGACAAGGAUCUCAAACCUGAAGAUAUGAGUGUGGGGAAUUGACAAAUGUACCACUGAUGUACCAAAUAAUAUCAGAUAUCAAAUAAUAUUGAUGUUAAUGUUUUACCUACUUUUCCAUCCACAGCAAGAUUUGCAAGAAAUGUAUGAAGCAUAAAAUUGCAUUAUGUUUUGAAAACUUCAAAGUUAAAUGGUUUUGUACAAAAUGAUCGGGAUCAGAUUGUGUUAAGGUGACCACAGAUGAUCAGCAGCUAAACCAUUUUGCACCAACAAAGUCAGUGGCUACGUUUACAUGCACAUCAAUAUUCCUGUAUUAAUCAGACUUUGGCGAUAUUCUAAUUAUUUUUGAGUCGUGCAUCUAAACACCGCAAUCCGAUUGCCUGAUUCAGAUUAAGACAAUAUUCUGAUUCCCCAAAUUCCGACUACAUUUACAUUACAUUUACAUUUAUGGCAUUUGGCAGACGCCAAUCCCUGGAAUACACCUGUUUUAAUCGGAAAUGUGUUUCAUGUAAACACUUUAUUCAGAAAAUCCACUGAAAUGAGAUAUAUUCGCAGCUCAGCCCGCAAGGAAUUGUGGGUGCUAACAGGUGCUUAGCAGUAGGCUAGGUAUUUAGGAACGGCAACUCAGGCAAACUUACAACAACCAAACCCUGUAUACAGGAAUAUUCCGAUGCCUGUACGCAUAUAAACAUCGUAUUCGGAAUAAGGCUGCAACCCAAAUAUAGACCUUAAAUGGAAUUUGAUGUGCGUGUAAACGCAGUCAUUGUUUCCCCAUGGAGAGAACCAGUGGGCAUCACACACCGCUCGGAUUUAACGUCUUGGCGCUGCGCUCAAAGCUCACUCAGCUUCAAAUUUGACCCAAACAAUCACAUAAGCUCUCGAAUAUUUCGUAAGAUUAAAUUUGCUAGUUAGAAUGGAGGAGCAGCUAAUUAUCUGUGUGUCUCCUUAUCCAGAGCUUUUUAGAAUAUGCCUUUAUUGUCAUUGUCACGGGUACAACGAAAUUUAAAAGUGCUCUUCAGUCAGUGCCUAAUCACACUGAGUGUUAAAAAGCAUAAUAAUUUAAAUGCUAGGACAAUGCUAAAAUAUAAUAAUUUAAAUGCUAGUACAAUGCUAAAAUAUAAUAAUUUAAAUAUUAGGACAAUGCUAAAAUAUAAUAAUUGAAUAUGAUAAUACUAAAAUAUAAUAAUUUAAUAAUUUAAAUACUUUAGAAUUGCUAAAAAUAUGAAUAAAUAAGAAUAAAUAUACCUUAAACUGCACAUGAGCAUACCCACACACAUGCAAUAUAUAAAAAUGUUGAACAUGAUUCUACAUCCUACACAUACGUCCACUGUUUCACAGAUCCAGCAAGAUACAGAUUGAAAUAUUGUAUGUUAUUUUUUAGCAGCAUUCAGAGCAGUUAUUGCAAUUGGAUAAAAACUGUGCUUGAGUCUAUUCGUCCUUGCAUUAAUUAACCUGUGCCAUCUGCCAGAAGGCAACAGUUCCAACAGGGAGUGUCCAGGAUCUGAAGUGUCUUUAGCUAUGUUCUGUGCUUUUUUAAGACAACAGGAGCUGUGUAAGUUUUCUAAUGUGGGGAGAGGGCAGCCGACAAUCUUUUGGGCGGUGCCCAGCUGGUGUACCAAAUGCAUAUACAGCAUGUUAGUACACUUUCGAUGGAGACUCUGCAGAAGGACACCAGCAGUCUUUGUGUGAUGUUAUUAUUCCUCUUUAAAGAAAAAGCCUUAAAGAAUCGAUCCCAUGGCUCUGUACCUCUGUAGUAUCUCAUGCACAUGUAUUUUCUUGCAUUCUCUUUUUUCUUCUUGAACCACUAUAGCUUCCGACAGUUACAGGUCACAUGUUCAACUCUGUGAGGGUUCACAGAGAAAAUAUUUCAUACACAGUAAUCCCUACGCAUUUACAAUAAACGUGAAGAACGGCAUGUGGAGAGAAUACUGAGUGGAUUGAAAGAACGUUGGGUUUUUUAUAUAGUGUUUGAGUGUUUGUUACACUGUAGACUUAUUUUUCACAAGUCAUUUCAGGUCAAAUCAUUAUUAUGAACAGUUACUGAAAUCACAGUAUGUAGACUACUGUAAGUAUUUUACUAUGAAUAUCUUAUCCAGUCUUGUUCAAUAUAGCUAGUCUUUUCCCAGUCUUUUGCUUUGAGUGUUCGUUUCAUUAUGAGUGUGUAUUUUUAUGGUAAUAAGUAAGUAUUAUUGACUACGUCAUAUGAAUUUAAAUGGCUAAAUUUCUGACUUUUUUAUUUUACUUUAUUGAUAAUUGUGUUUUAUGAUGGAAAUUGAAUUUUUGUUUUUAAAAACCUCUUUGUUGAAAACAAGGGUUUAAAAAGACAAGGUACAGUUUAAAUCCAAAUGGUAUUGAGAAGCAGAACCACAUACCUGUGUUUACGAGGCAAUAAUGCUGGUCAUUUACUUUCAAGUUAUGUUUUAUUUACUUGGAGUAUUUCCUAAAUAAAAUGUGCUUUUUGCUUGCUCUGUCCACA